ACCACCCUCAGUUAACUUCGUGGUUAUUUUGGGGCGGUGUUUACUCCUUUUUAUUUUUCCAGUUUUCCGGAAAAAAGAGUUAUUUUAAGAGGAAAAUCUCCGUUUAUUGUGUCCCUUUGGUGUCCUGCUAGAUGUUGAUAGGGAAAUUCCAUUGUCUAAUGCUCAUAAUUCGUGGUUUUCUUACGUGAAUCACACUGCAAUUUGCUUUGUAAUUAAACCUGCAACACCCCCGGAUUUCCGGGAAAAGGGAGUUACAUACACCCGCGUGCAAUAGAGAUUCUCUCUUGAGCUUGAGCCCAAAGAACUUUAAUCACCUGCAGAGAGGCAUACAAAGGAAUCUUUUUGUGGAAAAGAAGUGAAAAGGGUUACUGUGUCCGGAAAUGAUGGCCCGUCAGUUGAAUCCGAAUCAGCAGAAAAUCACCGAGAAGCUGAUUAUUCUCAAUGAUCGCGGUGUGGGUAUCCUCACACGUAUCUACAACAUCAAGAAGGCAUGUGGAGAUACGAAAUCUAAACCGGGAUUCCUCUCGGAUAAAUCCCUCGAAUCCUCCAUUAAGUUUAUCGUGAAGCGCUUCCCUAACAUUGAUGUCAAAGGUUUAACAGCAAUUACCAACAUCAAGGCGGAGAUUAUCAAAUCUCUCUCCCUCUACUACUACACCUUUGUUGAUCUUCUGGACUUUAAGGAUCACGUGUGUGAGCUUCUGACCACGAUGGAUGCAUGUCAGAUUCAUCUGGAUCUCACGGUGAACUUUGAACUCACACGCAACUACUUGGAUUUGGUCACUACCUACGUCUCUCUCAUGAUUCUCCUUUCGCGUGUUGAGGAUCGCAAAGCAGUCCUGGGACUCUUCAAUGCUGCCUAUGAGAUGCAGCACAAUAGCAGCGAUGCCAGCUUCCCGCGUCUUGGGCAGAUGAUCAUUGAGUACGAUGUGCCCAUUAAGAAGCUAUCAGAAGAAUUCAUUCCACACCACAAACUCCUCUCAUCUGCCCUCAUUUCCCUAACAAAGGUUUAUCCAAUGAGAAACUUGCCCGUGGAUAAAUGGAGAGAGAUGCAAACUCUUAGUUUGGUUGGGAAUCCAGCAAUGCUGCUGAAACCCUCAAAAACGGACACAAUGUCCUGCGAGUACGUCCCAUUGGAGACAAUGGACCGUUGGAUUAUCUUUGGUCUUAUGCUGAAUCAUCAGCUGCUGGGUAAUGCGCAGCCAAUCAUGCAGAUUUGGACAGCAGCUCUGGAUUCAAGCUGGGUCAUUGCACUCUUCCGCGAUGAGGUCAUUCACAUUCAUCAGUACAUUCAAGCGAGCUUCGACGGGCUCAAAGGCUACAGCAAGCGCAUUUCUGAGGUGAAGGACUGCUACAAUCAGGCCAUACAGAAGGCUUCAUUUGUUCAUCGUGAACGUCGGAAGUAUCUGCGAACAGCACUAAAGGAGCUCGCGCUCAUUCUCACCGAUCAACCGGGAUUGCUGGGUCCAAAGGCUUUGCUGAUCUUCAUUGGGCUCUCCUUUGCACGCGAUGAAGUCCUCUGGUUGCUACGUCACAACGAUAACCCACCGAUUAUGAAGGGGAAGGGGAAGGCCACUGAGGAUCUCGUGGAUAGGCAGCUACCGGAGCUUCUGUUCCACAUGGAAGAACUCCGAGCUCUUGUGCGAAAGUACAGCCAAGUUAUGCAGCGAUUCUACGUGCAAUACCUCUCAGGGUAUGAUUCAAUUGAUCUCAAUCUCAGGAUGCAAAAUCUACAGAUGUGCCCUGAGGAUGAGAGCUUGAUCCUAUCGUCACUCUACAAUUGCUCAUCGAGCCUAAAUGUGAAGCAAGUUGAGGAGAAUGAAACAUUCGACUUCAGAGCAUUCCGUCUUGAUUGGUUCCGCCUUCAGACGUAUAUGAGUGUCGCCAAGUCUCCAAUUCGUAUUGUUGAUCACGUCGGCUUGGCCAAUCUUCUCGACUCAAUGGUCUUUCAUACAAAAAUGGUGGACAAUUUAGAUGAGAUUCUCGUUGAAACGUCUGAUCUGUCCAUCUUUUGCUUCUACAGCAAAAUGUUUGAGGAUCAAUUUCACAUGUGCCUGGAGUUUCCAGCACAGAAUCGCUAUAUAAUUGCUUUUCCGCUCAUCUGUAGUCACUUCCAGAACUGCACGCAUGAGAUGUGUCCCGAAGAGAGGCAUCAUAUUCGUGAGAGAUCCCUCAGUGUUGUCAAUAUGUUUCUGGAUGAGAUGGCCAAAGAGGCGAAGAACAUCAUUACGACGAUCUGCGAUGAGCAGUGUACAAUGGCGGAUCAACUGUUACCAAAGCACUGCGCUAAGAUUCUUUCGGCAUCUGCCAGCAGGAAGAAGAAGGAUAAGGUCAAGAAAAAUCUGGAUGACAUCCGUAAACCUGGUGAUGAGAGUCACCGCCGUACACGUGAGGACUUGACAACAAUGGAUAAACUCCACAUGGCUCUGACGGAGCUCUGCUUCGCCAUCAACUACUGCCCAACUGUCAAUGUGUGGGAGUAUGCAUUUGCACCGCGUGAGUAUCUGUGUCAACAUCUGGAGAAUCGCUUCUCACGCGCCUUGGUGGGAAUGGUGAUGUACAAUCCAGAUACAAUGGAGAUUGCUAAGCCGUCUGAACUUCUGGCUUCUGUGCAUGCCUACAUGAAUGUUCUGCAGACUGUUGAGAACUACGUUCACAUUGACAUUACGCGUGUCUUCAACAAUUGCCUGCUACAGCAGACACAGGCCAAUGAUAGCCAUGGGGAGAAGACUGUGGCUACACUGUACAACACCUGGUACUCUGAUGUACUCCUUCGACGUGUAUCUGGAGGGAAUAUUGUGUUCUCCGUGAAUCAGAGAGCUUUUGUCAGUAUCACGCCUGAGGGGUGUAUUCCCUUCAAUCCGGAGGAGUUUAGCGACAUUAAUGAGCUUCGAGCAUUGGCUGAACUUAUUGGGCCGUAUGGGAUAAAGUUGCUAAAUGAAACACUAAUGUGGCACAUUGCCAAUCAAGUGCAGGAGUUGAAACGGAUGGUUCUCAUGAAUAAGGAGACACUGAGUACACUACGAACGAGUUUUGACAAGCCCGAAGUGAUGAAGGAGCAGUUUAAGCGCUUACAGCAGGUUGACAAUGUUCUGCAGCGCAUGACAAUUAUUGGAGUCAUUCUGAGCUUCCGACAAUUGGCGCAGGAAGCUCUGCUGGAUACCCUGGGGCAGCGUAUUCCAUUCCUCGUGAGCAGCGUAAAGGAUUUUCAGGAGCACCUUCCGGGUGGUGAUCCCAUCAAAGUGGUGGCUGAGAUGGCUUCAGCUGCUGGAUUGCCGUGCAAAGUUGAUCCCACCCUGGCAUCGGCAUUGCGUUCACAGAAACCCGAAGUUGAUGACGGAGAGCACCUCAUUGCGUGCCUCCUUAUGGUCUUUGUAGCUGUCUCCAUUCCAAAGUUAGCACGCAAUGAGAAUUCCUUUUAUCGCGCUUCCCUCGAGGCCCAUGCCAACAACACCCACUGCAUGGCAUUGGCCGUGAACAACAUCUUCGGAGCAAUGUUCACAAUUUGUGGGCAGAAUGACAUUGAGGAUCGUAUGAAGGAAUUCCUGGCACUAGCUAGUAGUUCCCUUCUACGUCUCGGACAGGAAUCCGACAAGGAGGCAACGCGAAAUCGUGAAUCCAUCUACCUGCUCCUCGAUCAGAUCGUCAAGGAGUCACCCUUCCUCACUAUGGACCUCCUCGAGUCCUGCUUCCCCUACGUCCUCAUUCGCAAUGCCUACCAUGCUGUCUACAAGCAGGAGCAUGCACUAUUCAACUAAGAAUACAGGGGAGCCUACCUCCCGAUUUUUCUUCCUUCUUCUUCAUCCUAGUUCAUCCCUUGAUCCCAGAUCAUUGGGAUCUUUGCAUUUUUAAUCAUUAAUAAUCAAUCAAAUAAUAUUAUAACGCAGCAUUAUUUAUAUUCAAGAAAUAAAAUAAAAUUAAUAAAAAAAAAAACAUUUUAAAAUAGCCGAAAAA